AUGUCUCGCAAUGUUCAACAGAUUGUUCACCGGACUCUGGCGGCCAUGAUAGCAUCCACCAUGUCGGUGGCCAUCCUCGCCGCCCUCAACGAGCGCCCCAGCAUGGCGGAGCUGGUGAGCUGGAUUGACGUGGAGACCCUUCUGCUGCUGUUCUCAAUGAUGGUCCUGGUCGCGAUAUUCUCCGAGACGGGCAUCUUCGACUACCUCGCCGUGUAUGCCUACAAGAUCACUGGUGGCAAGAUUUGGCCGCUCAUCAACACCCUGUGCUUCUUCACGGUGAUGCUCUCCAUGGUGCUGGAUAACGUCACAACCGUGCUGCUGAUGACCCCCGUGUCUAUCAGGCUGUGCGAGGUCAUGGAGCUGAAUCCCGUCCCCGUGCUCAUGUCCAUGAUCAUCUACUCCAACAUCGGCGGCGCCAUCACCCCCGUGGGCGACCCCCCGAACGUGAUCCUGGCCUGCGACCCCGAUGUCGUUCGAGCGGGCGUAGACUUUGGCACCUUCACGCUUCACAUGGGCAUCGGCACGCUGAUCGUGUUCGUGGUGGUCAACAUCCAGCUGCGGCUCACCUUCCGCAGCAUCAACGACUUCCGCUUCGCCGAGCCGCAGGAGGUGCAGGAGCUGCGCCACGAGAUCGCCAUCUGGCAGCGGGCCGCCGCCUCGCUGUCGUCCUACUCGCGCGACGAGGACUCGGUGCGCGAGACGCUGCUCAAGAAGGCCCGCCGGCUGGUGCAGGAGCUGCAGCGCAAGGUGACGUCGGGCAGCGUUGCUGCAGAGGACUACAAAGCGACGCUCGAAGAUCUGCAGUUGAGGUACCCCAUCCGCAACAAGGUGCUGCUGGUCAAGUCCGGCAUGACGAUCCUGUUCGUCGUGGCGCUCUUCUUCCUGCACUCGAUCCCGCAGCUCAACCUGUCGCUCGGCUGGACGGCGCUGCUCGGCGCCAUCCUGCUGCUCGUGCUCGCCGACCAGGACAUGGAAGGCGUGCUCGCGCGCGUCGAGUGGAGCACGCUGCUCUUCUUCGCCGCCCUCUUCGUGCUCAUGGAGGCGCUGUCGCGCCUCGGGCUCAUCAAGUGGAUCGGGACGCAGACGGAGACCCUGGUGCUGGCCGUGCCCAGCGAGUACCGCCUGGCGGUCGCCAUCCUGCUCAUCCUGUGGGUGUCCGCCAUCGCGUCGUCCUUCGUCGACAACAUCCCCCUGACGACCAUGAUGGUGCGCAUCAUCUGCUCGCUGUCUCAGAACGAGAAGCUGCUGCUGCCGCUGCAGCCGCUCGUCUGGGCGCUCGCGUUCGGCGCCUGCCUCGGCGGCAACGGCACGCUCAUCGGGUCGUCGUCCAACGUGGUGUGCGCCGGCGUGGCCGAGCAGCACGGCUACCGCUUCACGUUCGUCCAGUUCUUCAA